GGUCAAGUACUUUCCCCCCGAUUGCUAAUCAAAGAAAUUCAUCAAAUAAUAAGGCCCCUGUUCUGGAGCCAAUUGCUCCAGGUUCUUCCCCAGCCAUAUCUCCUUCUGCACCGACAGCUAUGAGGCACCCUGGUAAUUCUCCUGUUCCAUCUUUUACUCCUUUGAAUGAAGGGUAUAACUCUCCAGCAUUGUCACCUUCAAUCUCGUUUCAUAAGCAUCAACAUAAAAGAAAUGAAAGAAUCAGUCCUGCUCCGGCAUCAUCGUACCUGAUUUCACCUCCGCCUUUAAAAAUGCAAGGUCCAGUCAUCUCUCCAGCAUUUCCUCUUGGAAGAAGGCGAAAACACUAUGCUCCUGCACCCUUUCAUUCUGGAAGUUCUCCUGUUCCUUUACCAUCUCCAAUGACUGCAUCUAGGCAGACCAAAAUGCCACUUAUCUCCCCAAAAGUUUCUCCGUCCGUGUCUCCAUUGAGGAGUCCCAAGGUGCCACCUCCACCACCAGUUAUGUCUUUUCCACCUCCACCUCCCAAUGAAGACUGUUCAACUACUAUUUGCACAGAACCUUAUACAAAUGCUCCUCCUGGAUCACCAUGUGGCUGUGUCUUGCCAAUGCAAGUUGGAUUACGUCUGAGUGUUGCACUGUACACUUUCUUCCCUUUGGUUUCUGAGCUGGCAGAGGAAAUUGCUGCUGGAGUUUUUAUGAAACAAAGUCAAGUUCGCAUUAUUGGAGCUAAUGCCGCUAGUGAGCAACCAGAGAAAACCGUUGUCCUUAUUGACUUGGUACCACUUGGUGAAAAAAUUGAUAACACCACAUCCUUUUUAACUUAUCAAAGAUUUUGGCAUAAACAAGUUGCUAUAAACACUUCAUUAUUUGGGGAUUAUGAAGUAUUAUACGUUCGCUAUCUUGGUUUGCCUUCUUCUCCACCUUUGCCAUCUUCUGACAUUGGUAUAAUUGAUGGUGGACCAUAUUCUGGUAAUGAGAACAAUGCAAGGGAGAUAGAGCCCCUGGGUGUUGAUGUGCAUGGGAAGCAGCAUAAAUACAUGCUUAGUGGCGCUAUAAUUGCUCUGAUUGUUCUGUCCAUGUUGGUGGCUCUUUUGUUAUGCUCCGCCAUUGCAUGGGUUUUGCUUUUCAAACUUAGGGAUCAUGCUAGGCAACAAGCAGCAACUCCACGGCAUCCGCCAUCAUCUCUUGCCAAACCAUCAGGUUCUGUUGGGUCAAUGGUUGGAAGCGGUCUUAGUUCCACAUUACUGUCAUUUGGUUCUAGUGUUGUAGCUUAUACAAGAUCUGCUAAGACCUUCAGUGCAAGUGACGUAGAAAAAGCCACUGAUAAUUUUGAUGCUUCAAGAAUACUUGGGGAAGGUGGAUUUGGUCGUGUUUAUAGUGGUGUUCUUGAGGAUGGAACUAAAGUGGCAGUCAAAGUUCUGAAGAGAGAUGAUCAACAAGGUGGCAGGGAAUUCUUGGCUGAGGUGGAGAUGCUUAGCCGUCUUCACCACAGAAACUUGGUGAAAUUGAUUGGCAUAUGCACGGAGGAGCGCAACCGCAGCUUGAUUUAUGAACUUAUUCCAAAUGGCAGUGUUGAAUCUCACUUGCAUGGAUUUGACAAGGACUCUGCACCACUUGACUGGGAUGCCCGGAUAAAGAUAGCCCUCGGUGCUGCUCGUGGACUGGCUUAUCUCCAUGAAGAUUCUAGCCCAUGUGUCAUACACCGGGAUUUUAAGUCGAGCAACAUUUUGUUGGAGCAUGAUUUCACGCCAAAAUUGUCUGACUUUGGUUUGGCUCGAACUGCUAUGGAUGAGGAAGGCAAGCACGUAUCGACACGUGUCAUGGGAACUUUUGGGUAUGUAGCUCCCGAGUAUGCAAUGACCGGCCAUCUUCUUGUGAAGAGUGAUGUUUACAGUUAUGGUGUUGUCCUUCUUGAGCUUCUGACAGGGAAAAAACCGGUAGAUAUGACACAGCCACCUGGUCAGGAGAAUCUAGUUGCAUGGGCCCGUCCCCUUCUAGCAAGCAAAGAAGGGUUAGAAACAAUUGUAGACCCAUCUCUAGGUCUUAAUGUCCCUUUCGAUAGCGUGGCCAAAGUAGCAGCAAUUGCCUCUAUGUGUGUUCAACCAGAGGUAUCAAACCGACCUUUUAUGGGUGAGGUUGUUCAGGCUUUAAAACUAGUAUGUAAUGAAUGUGACGAGGCCAAAGAAGUAGGCUCAAGUGGCUCUAGUCAAGAUGAUUUGUCUAUUUAUUUGGAUGCUAGAGUUGGUACUCGCUCAGGACAGUCGACUGAUCCCAUGCGAAGCCGUUAUUCGGUUCCCAACUAUGACUCCAGCCUUGAUACUGAGAUAGGACUAUCCGCGUCAGAUUUGUUUAGUUCACCGGCAAGAUUUGGGAGGCACUGUAGUUCUGGUCCCUUGCGAACAGGGAGGGGCAGUCGAUUCUGGCAAAAAAUGCAAAGAUUAUCUGGGGGCAGCAUCAGUGAACAUGGUGUUAUGAUCAGGUUCUGGCCAGGUUCGCAUUGAAAAACCCCUCUUCCAUGCAUGUGCAUGAGCUUGUCCUUCAAUUUUUGGAUGCCAAAACUUGUUGACACUGCAACAAGUGCUCCCCCAUGCUGAUGAAAAGUUGUGCUAGGUUUUGAAAAUGGGAAAUAAACAAGGAAACUCUUAGGAAUGCAAAAUUGUGCAGCAAGAUUCUUAAUUCAGAACUUCUGAUGGAUGUUACUGCUAGUUUGUAUCAACCUGAAUAAGCGUCAGAUUGGCAAGUGGAGGAGCUUUCAUCAUGCAGCUGCACUUUGAGCAUAAAAGGAAUUGUUCUUUUUCUUUUUAUAAUGGAAGGAUUUCAUGAUCCACACCCCAAAUUGCAUUGUUGUAGUCGUGUUUCCAUAAUAAGAUGGCGCAAAUUUCCCAUUUUGAGACUCAGAAUCUUUCUGAAUUCAUCUUUGAUCUCCUCUUCUUAGAAGAAAAAAAAGAGUACACAUCUCUUGUAUUCCCCCAACCUCCACAACACCUUUUUUGUUAUGUGGAUUCCCGUGCCACUCAAUGUAUAGAAUAUUUUUUGUAUCAUGAAAUGCAUCUCUUUCAUACCAUCAAAAGCAGUUGAAUUCCAAAGAAAUUGUUAUUUUCUG